AUGUUUGCCUGCUGUUCGUGCACUGAUGGGCCAUCCCGGUUCUGUCCUGGAAACGAGGAAAGCACCGGCGAGGUUGUCCAGAAGGGCGACAAAGAGCGAAGCUUCGAGACAGUGGCUCCGUGCCAUCCUUUCUCCGCUGGUGAGGAUGACAAAGAGAUGGCCAAACAAAGACUGCAGCGCCUGAUUCGGGACUUUGCGCAAGAAGUGGUGGCCGAUGGCAUUCCGGUGCAGGUGAUUCAGCGUGAAGCCGAAGAAGAGCUUCAGGUGACCUUGCGUCUUGAUCGGAGACUGCGUCAGGUGGAGUUCUGGCAAGGCCCAGGUGCAGCGACGAUCAUCAUGCCACUGGCAGAGGUGGAGUCAAUCACAAAGGUCGAUACGGAGGAAGACAUGAUGAGGGCCCUGGUCCUCGUCUCGAGCAGCACUGAAGUCAGGGUGCACUUUGAGAACGUGAUGACCAGAGACAGGGCUUACACCUGUUUGAGGAUAUUCCAGAUGUCCGUGGCGCAUGAGCCGCCCAAGCCAAGGGAGAACGACAUGAGGCUUCAGAUAGGGCUGGGCUAUGCAUUCGUUGCUGCGCUAUUGGCUUCAAAAAGACGGCUAAAAGAAGCCGAGAAUGAGCCAAGAAUGAGCCGAUCGGGCAAGAGGCUGGCACCUGCAGCACUGGCCGCAGCAGAAGCUAUCUGCCUUUUUUUGGGACUGCCAGUAGAAGUAUUAGAAGCAGCAGUGGCCACUCUUGCAGACGCUGCUGCGUCCGUUCGAGCGCAAACAGCAGCCAAAGUGGCAAUUGCAGAGGCGGAGGCCUUGGCCAAUUUGGCUGACGCAAGCCGUGCAACUCGCCGCGGGGCAGAGGCAGUGGAGGUGUCAGAGGUGUCAGAGGUGUCAGCACCACGUCCCCAUCCACCAGCCGGGCUCCCAACAUCCAAACGCCAAAAGACCGAGGAUACAAAGAAGAGGUAG